AUGACAUCUACAUCUAUCAACUGUACUUACAAUCAUGAUUCACUAUUUUUACCCACUGAGUUCGGACCUCGCUUUUUGUUUGAUUUAACUUAGGUUUUCCAUGCUAUUUUGCAUAUCUUGAUAAUAUUAGUUUCUAUUAAUUUCUUUUGA